AUGCCUAUCUGGAGUUCGUCGUCAGUAUCCUUCUCCUCCUCCGUCUCAUGGAACGGCAAGACGGACAGCCAGCGAUACGCGAAGCAGACCCAGAAAACGCCCGAAGGCACCACCAUCAAGACCGCGUCGCAGCGGUCCGGAGAACCGAUGUACACCGAGACGCUCGAGUACGAUUCCCAUGGCCGACCUAUCGUGGAUGGACGUGUUCUGCGUGGCGGUCCGCGAGAGGCCGGUCGCAUUGAGGACGUAUUGGAUCGCAAGUCAUGA